AUGCCCGCAGGUUUCCCCGUGCCGUGUGCAGAGUGCGUCAGCUCGCUGCUGAGGUGCUGCCGCCUCAGCGACGCCGCGCACCAGCACCAACAUCAACAUCAAGUACCCUCCGCCUUCCCGGAACACGAGAGGACAGGCGGCCCACACGCGCGCGACCGCAGCCGGCGCGUAAACACGGCCGAGUGGGACCGGAUCUUGCAGCUGUCCGAGGGCCACGGCUCGCCGCCCGCCGUCUCCGGCGCCCUGCACGUGCACGCGGGGGUGCGCAAGCGGUCGUGGUCGCGCGCUGUCUUCUCCAACCUGCAGCGCAAGGGCCUGGAGAAGCGCUUCCAGCUGCAGAAGUACAUCACCAAGCCGGACCGGCGGCAGCUCGCCGCCACGCUCGGCCUCACAGACGCGCAGGUGAAGGUGUGGUUCCAGAACCGGCGCAUGAAGUGGCGCCACAGCAGGGAGGCGAAGGCGGCGUCCGCGCCGGCGCCCGCCCCCGCCGCCCCCGCCACCGGAGACGCCGCCGUCGACUCCACGCAGCGCGACCCGCCCGACGGCGACGGCGACGGCGACGCGGCGCUGGUGGGCGUGCAGGCCAUCGACAGCGGCUGA